UAGUCAUUCACAACAAAAAGAUUCCAUAAAACAAUCAUUUAGGACCACGCAUUCAUUUCCGUCGCCGUAAUUUUAUCAAAAUAAAAAGGCAACCCCCUUCACCUCCGCUCUUUUUUCUUCUUAUUGUUAUUACAAAUGAGCGGCCCUUUAGGCGGUACUUCCGCCUCUGGUGGCAGUGUUGUCGGUUCACAAUCCAAUGCUCCGCGUAGAAGAAGAAAGAAUCAAACUUCACGAAACAAUCGAACACAAUCGGCACAACAUCCAAAUCAAAUGGGUUUCGGUCAACCAGGUCCACAAGGACAUCAUCAACAACAAUUUGGCGCUGGACCACCAAGAGGUGGACCGGGUGGUCAUUUGAACAAUCAAAUGCCUCCGCCAGGAAUGCUACCACAUCCACCUCAAUCGACCGGAAUGGGUUGGGGUUUAAGUAUUGAUGAAGAUCCGGUAGAUUUCAUCUUAGAUGAUUUGGAUAAAUUAUCAGGACGCGAUAUUGCUUCUGCAAGGUACAGAAGGAAUCAUGAAUUGAUCAAUUUGAUCUUUGAUUCACGUAAGAUUGAAAACCUUCAACCAUCCGAAUCACCUUAUGCUGGAAAAGAUCAAGAAGCAUUACGAUCUCAAUUAAACGAAACUCAAAAUGAAAUCGAAAAGCUACAAUCAAACCAUUCCACAAAGUUUAGAAGGUGGCGUGAAGAGUUGCAAGAGCACGAUGAUCUACUGCAUGCUCCUCCAAAGCGCCUAAAGGUACAAUUAGAAGAAGAAGAGAAGAAAAGGUUAGAGGAAGCUGAUAUAGAAGAAGUGAACGCGAGUGGCGAAGCAAUCCCGGCCUGGAAAUCCAUGCCAAGCAAAGGAAGAAUCUUGGGAGCUGGUUAUAUCAGAGCAAAAACGCCAGAAGAAGUUCGAAAGUUAUUACCCAAAGCACCAGAACCAGAACCGGAACCAGAACAAAAGCCUGCCGUGGCUGCUGGAACGCAAGCUCAACCUGCAGCACCUACUUCGACCGGACAACCAUUGCAAGCGGUUCCUGGAGCAUCACAACCUGUCGCGGGUGCGAACGGCGCACCUGUUCAACAGGCAGCCGUACCUUCGCUUCCUCAAGCAGCUCUGCCUGAGCAAGCAUCCAAUUUGACGGAUGCAAUGCAAUUGGACGGAAAUGCUGAAGACGACGAGGAAGAUGAAGAAGAAGAUGACGAUGACGACGAAGGAGACGACGAUGACGAUGAAGACGAUGGAGAUGCUGAAGCAGAUGAAGAUGCUCCUGAUGACGAAGAUGCUGAAGCAGACGCUGAUGGAGAUGCAGAUGCAGAUGAAUCGAAUGCCCUGCCCACAUCCCAGCCAGCUAAUGAGACCUUAGAAUCGGCGGACGCAAGUAUGGCAGCAGUUGGAGAUGAUACUUUUGCUACAGCUGCAGAUGAUGCCGCUGACGGAGCGGUGAUCAAUGCAGAAGGGAUCGCAAACACAAAUGAUGCAGAUAUGGGCACAAACGAUGUUCUCGAUGCAGAACCUCAAUCAGAAGCAAAAGAUGUUGUACAAAAAUCAAUGGACGCCAUCCCACCUGUGGAAACGAUUGAGGCAGUCUCAGGUGAAGGGAAUGCACCCGAAGAAAGUAAUUCAUAAUGUAUCCAAUCAUGUACUUCUAGCAAUAAAUGAGAUGUAUAAAUGUAUUGAUUCUUCCAGUAGUAUAUUAGUGUAUGCUCUCUAAGAGCUUUUCUAUAUAGAGUCUUUAGCCAAAGCUUGCACCAAAUUCGAUCAUACUUGAGCAACAGCAGCAACAACGCUUAG